GUAGGUCUGAGAUUCAUCGUCAUUCGGGUAGAGUAUUGGGUAUCGGUAAAUGGCAGAUUAAUGUUAAUAUUGGAGCUGGUCUUUUCAGACCAGAAACCGCACUAACCGCCACAAUGGCUGGUGUUGUAAUGGGAGUAGGGGCAGGAGUUUUUAUUCUGGCUGUUGUAUGGGUUUUAUCAUUGCUGAUAUGCAUGCUGCUGUCUCGUUCAGGAGGUGUGAUCAGCUGGCUUUCGAUUAUAUUGGUUUUCUUCCUUGCAUUGAUGAUCACCUUGAUCCUCAUCUUCUUUCCCCGAGCCAAAGAAACACCCGAGUCAGUGACUGAAGAUGUGAUUUAUGACAGUUUCUUCAUUGGCCGCUAUUGUCUGUUGUGUAUACUAAUUGUGACGCUCCUGACAGGCUUGAUUCUACUCUUUCCCCAUUAUAUUGUGGAGCACGUGGAAGCGAAGUUCCUUCGGAACUGAGAAGUGAUCUGGAACCCCUGUAUUUUAUAUCUGUAUGUGUUAAAGCAAUAGCUACUUGUUAAAACAUUCUUAAAGGUGUGUUUUUGUGAAAGAAGCAUGAGGUGUAACUGUUGUAAUAUUUGGGAGGGAAUGGUCAACCUGUAAUAACAUAGGAAUGAGUUAAACUUUCCACUUUAAAAGAAAAAUCCCAUGAAUCACUGAUUGCAUUUAUUUUCCUGGGAUCUGGGAAAGGAGUCAAAACUAACCUUCCUUUUAUCAAUUCAUGGAAUGUGAGUGUCGCUGGUUGAGCCAGCAUUUAUUUCCCAUCCUAAUUGCUCGGGUGAAAGUGUUGGUAAGCUGAUUUUUUUGAAUAGCCGCAGUCCUUGAUGAAGCAGCAGUUUGGAGAGAGACUGGAGCAUCAAUAUACAGAAAGUAAUUCUCAAAAUCAUAGAAAUUAACAAUACUGAAUAAGGCGCAUCAGCCUUGUGUCAGUGAGUUGGGGAACGAUACAACAAUUCAGUUUUACCAUCACCCUGUAGGUCAGCAGACUGUUGCUACCAGUGCAUGAAGAGCAGAUCACUUGGAGAAAAAGGCUACCAUUACUGAGCAGUCUGUGGUUUAGCAGAGAGAAGGAGAGACCACUGAGAAAAGGAGAAUAAUUCUCCAUUUAAGCAAGGGGUGAGGAAGGAUAUUAUUAAGGUGGAGAGGGUUCAAAAGAGAUUUACCAGGAGGUUGCUGAAUACGGAAGGUUUGAGUUAUAAAGAAAGGCUGGAUAGGC